CAAAAUCAGUAUUCUUGUACAAUAUUGUUGGGAGGAUGAUUUUGUGCAAUUUACUUGAAGGUAAUUAUGUCAAUCUCCAUCAAAAGAGAAAAUGACUGAGCUCAGACUUUCCUGGGUCUGUCUUAGCAGAAUAAAGCCCAUUGGCUAAUGGCAGCCUUUAACCACUGGGAGUGUGAAGCCCAAUUUUUGUCAUCUAGGACUAGAAUAAAGAGGCAAGAAGCCUUUGUUUUUAAGUAACUACUCAUUUUGCAGCCAUAUUUUUUCUUUUUCCAACAAGAAAGAGGACAAAAUGGCCAGAGACAAUCGUACUACAGUGACAGAAUUUGUUCUCAUGGGAUUCACAGACCGCCCUGAGCUUCAGCUUCCACUCCUUGUGGUGUUCCUGUUGAUUUAUCUCAUCACCCUGCUCGGAAACCUUGGCAUGAUACUGCUCAUCAAGGUGGAUUCCAGGCUCCACACUCCCAUGUACUAUUUCCUUAGACAUCUGGCAUUCAUUGACAUUUGUUACUCAUCUUCCAUUGGGCCCAAGAUGCUGCAAAAUUUAUUGGUGAAGAAAAAAACCAUCUCCUUUUUGGGCUGUUUUGCCCAGCUGUACUUCUCCAGUGCCUUUGCCACUACUGAAUGCUUCCUCUUGGCCACAAUGGCCUAUGACCACUACAUAGCUAUCUGCAAUCCCCUGAUUUACUCAGCCAUUAUGACUCAGUGGGUCUGCAAGGAGUUGGUGGUAGGGGUCUAUACCUAUGGCUUCCUAAACUCUGUGAUGCAGACAAUUCUGACUUUCCAGUUGUCUUUCUGCGACUCGAACGUCAUCCACCAUUUCUACUGUGCCGAUCCCCCUCUCCUUGCCCUCUCUUGCUCAGACACCCGCAACAAAGAAAAGCAGCUCUUGAUCUUCUCAACAGUCAACCUCACUGGGUCCCUCCUGACUGUCCUCAUCUCCUACAUUUGCAUCCUCUCUUCCAUCAUAAAAAUCCAGUCUUCUGAAGGCAAGUGCAAAGCAUUUUCCACCUGUGCCUCUCACCUCACUGUGGUCACCAUCUUCUGUGGAACGUUGCUUUUCAUGUACCUGCGGCAACCUAAAGCAAGGAAUUCAUGGAAGUACAACAAAGUGGUCUCCGUGUUUUAUAGUCUUGUGAUUCCCAUGCUCAACCCUCUAAUCUAUAGCCUGCGGAACACAGAAGUAAAGGACAGCCUGAAAAAGAUGAUAGAGGGCAAAGAGUUACAGUGAGUGAGUUCUCAGAAUCUACCAUUAGGAAAGUAGGAUAACCUGACAUGGUGUGAA